CUGUCUCCUUUGUUCGCCCUCGUUGCGCAGUAGUGCUUGCAGCUUCCCGUUCCGUCCUCGACCCGGUAAUCGCCCUCGUGCUGAGUCGCUACAAAGCGCCUGUCGGCGAGCUGGUAGGAGCCUGAAACGGUCGUCACCUCUGUAAUACUCACCCCACGGGGAAAAAUGGUUGAAGCCGAUCGUCCGGGAAAGCUCUUCAUUGGCGGGCUCAAUACAGAAACAAAUGAGAAAGCCCUUGAGGCAGUAUUUGGCAAAUAUGGACGAAUUGUGGAAGUGCUCUUGAUGAAAGACCGUGAAACCAACAAAUCAAGAGGAUUUGCUUUUGUCACCUUUGAAAGCCCGGCAGAUGCUAAAGAUGCAGCCAGAGAUAUGAAUGGAAAGUCCCUAGAUGGAAAAGCCAUCAAAGUGGAACAAGCCACUAAACCAACAUUUGAAAGUGGUAGACGUGGACCCCCUCCACCUCCAAGAAGCAGAGGCCCUCCGAGAGGUCUUAGAGGUGGAAGAGGAGGAAGUGGAGGAACCAGGGGACCACCUUCCCGUGGGGGUCACAUGGAUGAUGGUGGCUAUUCCAUGAAUUUUAACAUGAGUUCUUCCAGAGGACCACUUCCAGUUAAGAGAGGACCACCACCACGAAGUGGAGGUCCUCCUCCUAAACGAUCUGCCCCUUCAGGACCAGUUCGCAGCAGCAGUGGAAUGGGAGGAAGAGCUCCUGUGUCACGUGGAAGAGAUAGUUAUGGAGGCCCACCACGAAGGGAACCCCUGCCCUCUCGUAGAGAUGUUUAUUUGUCCCCAAGAGAUGAUGGAUAUUCUACUAAAGACAGCUAUUCCAGCAGAGAUUACCCAAGUUCUCGUGAUACAAGAGAUUAUGCGCCACCACCAAGAGAUUAUACAUACCGUGAUUAUGGUCAUUCCAGUUCACGUGAUGACUAUCCAUCCAGAGGCUAUAGUGAUAGAGAUGGCUAUGGUCGUGACCGUGACUAUUCAGAUCAUCCAAGUGGAGGUUCCUACAGAGACUCCUAUGAGAGUUAUGGUAACUCACGUAGUGCUCCACCUACACGAGGGCCCCCGCCAUCUUAUGGUGGAAGCAGUCGCUAUGAUGAUUACAGCAGCUCACGUGACGGAUAUGGUGGAAGUCGAGACAGUUACUCAAGCAGCCGAAGUGAUCUCUACUCAAGUGGCCGUGAUCGGGUUGGCAGACAAGAAAGAGGGCUUCCCCCUUCUAUGGAAAGGGGGUACCCUCCUCCACGUGAUUCCUACAGCAGUUCAAGCCGCGGAGCACCAAGAGGUGGUGGCCGUGGAGGAAGCCGAUCUGAUAGAGGGGGAGGCAGAAGCAGAUACUAAAAACAAACAAAACUUUGGACCAAAAUCCCUGUUCAAAGAAACAAAACAAAAAGUGGAAACCUGUUCUGUCAUAACUACCCAAGGACUACUAAAAGGAAAAAUUGUGUUACUUUUAAAAAUUUUCCUGUUAAGUUCUCCUCCUUAAUUUUUAUGUUCUGGUGAGGAAAAAAGUAAAACAUGUUUAAUUUUAUUUGAUUUUUAUGACAUUGCUUUCAACAAGCAAAUGUUAAAUGUGUAAGACUUGACUUGUGUACUAGUGUUGUUAUUCUCUUAAGUGUCCCUAAAGGCCACUUCCUAUGAUUCUUCCCAAUAAAUAAGGCAAGCAAUACUAAGAUCUUCCACAAACAUCUAGCCAUCUAAAAUGGAGAGAUGACUCAUUCUGCCUACACAAACAAGCUAGAUAUUAGAAGGGUGGUUGGGUUUGCUACUCUUAGGUUUCAGGGUACCUUCAAACUGAAAUCUCAGUGUUCUCAAUGCGAAACACCUGAGAUAGAGGCUUACAUAAGGAAAGUGCUAUUCACCCAGUAAACCCAAAAAGCAGUGGAUAAUGCUGGCCGUAUUUUGCCUUUCUGACAUUUCCUUGGGAAUCUGCAAGAACCUCCCCUUUCCCCCUCCCCCAAUAAGACCAUUUAAGUGUGUGUUAAACAACUACAGAAUACUAAAUAAAAAGUUUGGCCAAAACCAACCAUGAAGCUGCAAACGAUGCUUGCUCUUACUGUUUCAAAUUUUUGCAACUCUGUAGUGUCUCACUUUUAAAGGAACAGCUUGAUUGCAAAGGAGAAAAUAGAUAAGCAAUGAAGUUAUCUCCAACUUCUCAAAGGCUUAUGACUUCUAAAAAGUGAAUCUAUCAGCAUUCCACAUCAGAUUUAAAGCAUCAAAUGCCUGUGAAACAGCAAAGAUGGUAAGCAAAGCAAACUAGUUUUUCCGUCUAAGUCGAAAUUGAACACAAUUACCUUCCUCAUAGUACAGUGAAACAUACUGUACGUCAUGGCAAUGGAAAUGCUUUCUAGAUUAAAAAAACUUGGAAAAACAGAUGUUCAAUAGCAUAUUAGAAGUCCUCCAAAUUCAACACUUGGAUUUUUUUUAAGCAUGUAUGACAAAGGCCUUAAUACAGCUGUUGUUUAUCAAUAGCGAUCUGGGGUUGGGAGGGGGUGCUUGUUUUUUUUUUUUUAAAAGACUUUGAUGGAAGACCUUUAAACAUGCUUCAUAUAUUUGAACAUUUUUCAAAUUUAGUCUUUUAGUCAAUAACAGGAAAUGGCUUAACUUUGGGGUCCCCCUCUCUACUCUUGUAAGCCAUUGCAAACUUGACAUUUAGUUGGAUGCCUGACUUGUUUUUAGUUCUAUGAAACUACACUGUAUGGAGAAAAUCUAUUGCAAGUGGUCUUUAAAACAAAACCUGAGGCAACAUGACCCAGGUCCAGCCAUGAAGUUGAAAAAGAUGCUCUUGAAUAUAGUAAACUUGAAGACCUCCAACUAAAAAUCCUUAUACUGCACUUAUUCCUUCAAAUAAGUUUUGUCCGUUCAACUUAUGGAUUUAACAUGGCAGUGCACCAUUGGAACAGAAUGACAAUCCAUAAGCCAUGCAACUUAACCAUUUAAGCCAUUCCAGUCCAUCCCAAGCCAGUGAAUCUUCCACCACUUAAGAGAAGUAGUAGAACAUGAAAUACAUAAAACUGCAAGUCUGAACUUGCCUUUUCUUCUGGAAAAGAGGGCAGUUAUAGGCAAGUUAUGAAGAAUUUCCUUAAGAGAGAUAACUGGUUAUCUGUUUUUACAGGUUGAGGAUUAUGGUCAUUAUGGUCAUGGGAGUGCUGAUUUAUUCACUAGAUAAAGCCGGCGGCAAGAGAAAUCAAAUGCUAAGAGUUGUGGAAGCAGAAGAAUGCUGACGGUCAAUAAUUACACCAGUUGCGUUAGCAGUCCUCAUCAGUUGGUUUGGUGCAGGCAGUAGAUUUUGUCUUCAAGGGUUCCCAAGGAUCUGAGGGAAGGCAGUCCGUGUUGGUUAGUAGCACCCUUAACUAGGGGAGUGAUAAUUACUUAAAGUAAGUAAUUGACCAAAUGGAGAAAGGGAAAUGAUUAAGGAAAUUGGUAAGUGGAGGUGGUCAGGAAGUUCUUGACAGAUUUUUACAGCUCUGGCUUUCAUUUUGUUUAAAGCCAUAGGGACACCCUGCAAUUUAGAACUUCUUAAUUAUCACUGAGAAUAAUCACAAAGUGGACUUAGAAGAAUGAAAAGCAUAAGCAAUAGCUAUCCAGUACAGUGUCAGUAAGUGAAAUGAAACAUUUUUUGUUAGUGUAUCCAGAAGCAGGGUUUAGUUGUCAGACAAAAACUUGUAGGGAAGAGUAAUGUCUGGAAGCUAAAGUAACAACUAGAAACAUUGCUUAAAAUUAUCAGGCACACUUAAAACUCGUAACAGCUACUAUUCAGGCCACUUGGCACUGUGUUGUUUCUGUAAACCUACUUCACCCCCCCACCUUUUAUCUUGGAAACAAACCCAGGUACCUUACUGCUUUUGAGACUAGAGCCAAUAGUAUAAAAGCUAAUGUCAAAAAGAUUUUGGUCAUCUAAAAUACAAUAAAAAAAUUAAAAAAAAAAAAAAAAAGAUUUGGGUUGAGUUAGAGAAACCAGCUCAAUUUGUGCUAAUUUUUGUGUAGGAGUUACAGCAGUACUAUCAUGUUUAACAUUUGCAGUUGAGGAAAAUAAUCCAAAAAUUUUAACCCUCAUUUGACACGUUUCUAAUUAACCACAAACUGAGGGUAUUAACCAUUAGCCUUUUCCAUAAUCUAAUUGCUUGGGUCGGUAAGUCUGAGGACCUUAUUUAGAUAUCUUGAAGAUAGUGUAGAACAUAUAGAUGGAUCGCAGUAAAUAUCAUGAAUACUGCAUUCAUACUGAGUAUGCUUAAAUGACCAAACAGCUGUUUGACGAGUUUACUGAUCUAGCAGACUUCACUCGGCUCCCAUUGGUCAGAGUGGGUCGUGAGUCUUCCAACAUAAUACUGGUUGUAAAAGAAAUGGAAUGUUUAAUAUUCAAACAUAACAAGAACUUAGGUAUUAAUAAGUCAACUUUUCUCCUUUUGGAAUGUUUUGUAUUUGAAACAAUAAAACUUAAUAUGCA